GAUUGUUACAGUGUGACGUUGGUGAUUAAUCUGGAUAAAGAAGAAUGUCACGAAAGUGGUUUAAACGUAGCGAGAGUACAGUCAGACCACCAGACAUACCGAGAUAGCCUUUCGAGUUUGGAGGAAAUACCCAAUUCAUUGGUUGUCCAAGACGGGGAGUCGAAGACCGCGGGAUGCGGGAAGAGUAGAAGAAGGCUAAAGCUGAGCUUGAGCGACAGGAUAAAACCGUCGAGGAGGAUAGUGGUCAGCAAAGGUGAUCGCCCCGAGAGAUCAGCGGAGGGUGAGUUAGUUUCGUCGGUGCCGAAGGACGAGGGAGUAGACAAGGUUGACAGACUAAGCGUGAACCCCGAAGCCCAGAGAGCGGCGAAGUUGUCGAGGAACGAUUCGUUCCUUAAGCGGCUCGUCAAAUCGUCGAGAGAAAACAUUGCCGAGGGUUGUGAAAGGCUCGUGAGGAACAUCCAGAAGAGUCCGUUGCUCCUGAGGAGAAAACUGCUUUCGAGCAAGAGUUCCGACAGCUUAGGAAGCGUUCAGAGCGAGGAACGGCCGGUGGCUCCUCUCAGGAGGAAAAGGUCGCGGAAAAGACCCCUCGGCGAUCAGGGGUUGACCAGAAACUCGUUGAGGCGUUCGAAUUGGCUCAAGGUGCAGAAGGCGAGUCGUGAGGGUGGUAAGGAGAAGGGAAGGGAGGCGAAGGAAAAUCAUCGUCCGGACCGAGGCCCGGAAACGGAGAAGCCUUCAUCGGCUGGGGCCAGUCCGAGGCUUCCAAGAGCGGAAACGCCGAUAACCGGAGGAUCGAGGCUUUUUCGGGAAGUCGAGAGUCACACCAGCUCGCAAAGCGUCUCUGUCGAGGACGUUGACGAGCUCAUAAGGUCCGAAGACAACUUCAGACUUCUCGAAGAGCGCGCGUUGCUUCGUAGGAGGUUGGAGAAGUUCGGGAGAAGCGAGCUUGUUCCUGAUUUUUACGACGGGAGAACCGGGAGUCAGGAGACCUUGGAACGUCAGAACCUUGCUCCUGUAUGGUCGAGAUUGUCCGAUCAAAUUCGGUCCAGCAUUCCUGGCGGUGAGGCCAGGAGGUCGACUCCUCGGACACCGGAGGGUAAUCGGAGAAAUUUUGAAGGGUUGAACUCGGGUUCGCAAAUAUUUGAGGGAUCGCGAUCGGGGAAGGAGGAUUCGGUUCGUGAAAAGGGACGAGGAGGUGCCGCUGUAGCUGGCAAGUUGAAAUCUUCACCGCCGCCAGAAGACGCGUCGUCGUUUCAUAGGGCACGGGAACGUUUGAUUCGUGAUAACCCCGAGGUCUUUGAUAACGACGUCAGACUCCAGUCGACACGAGCCAGCAGUCGUUCGUCGCCGUCGAAGGCAGAAAACGACUUUUUAGUUAAGCGAAUAAAAUGCAGAGUUGCAGAAUUCGACAGUUGCACGAACACCAAGGAACGCGACUGCGGUGGGGAGUCGGCUUCUUCGGAUCGGUUUCCAGUCUUACUUUACACGGAAGCUUCCGCCAGCGAGGAGGACACUCGACACGCUGAUUACCCUUUCUCACUUAGCGCCGAUAAUCCAAAGGCAGUACCCGGUGACUGGAUUCCUUCGAAGGAAAGCAACCCCUUAAAAUUUCAAAGGGAAGGACAAGACGGAGAAGAGGGGGUUGGGCUGUCGUUAAACGGAGACUUUAACGAGGAGAGGAAACCGUCACUAUCUCAGAACGAGGACUCAAAGUUUAGCUCGGAGUUUAGUUUCGGUACUGUCAACUCGACGACGACUCGUAGCAACAGAAGUGCGUCGAACGAUACUAUAGACUGGGAGGUUUUACUGGAUAAGAGUGAAUUUAGCGAGCUUAACUCGCUCCGGCAGACACGUGGAGCUUCGCUUGGUUCACGGAGUAUCGGUAAUAGUUCAAGUUCCGUUUUAUCAUUCGGUGAAAAGGGCGUUGAGUGCUUUUGCGAACCUGAUUUGGACUCGACCCAUGUUUUUAAAAGUGGUAACAAUAAGUUUAGUGAAAAGUUAGUGUCCGUCGAGGUUGUGCCACCGGGUCGAUCGGCAUCAACUUCCGGACGCGAUUCCUCUUCUAAUUCGUCUUCCGAAGACGGUUUCGAGUCUGGUGAUAAAGCGCCGAUUUACAACGGUAGAGACAAAGUUCCUAUGUCUAGGCUGACCAAAGAUUCAAUCAUGAAGAUAACCAUCAGGAUGAUCAGGCUGAGGGAGAGGUUCAUCCUCGGCCUUAGCGCUUUUGCCAUUCUCUUCACGCUCCUCCUCGUCGUCGACCUUCAGAUGGAUCUCGGGUACAGCGGUCACCAUCUGGUUCCGAGUCACGGCAGGGUUAGGAUAGGCGAUGAUCCGGAUCAGGAAACUGUCUACAACAGCUUCCGGAGGAAGUUCUUGCAGCGGCCAAACGCCAGUAAGGAAAUAUCGAGCUUCGACGCCGUUGGAACCACCCAGACCUCCAAGGGUGACAAGACGUUCGUCGAAAAUUCAGUGAAAUCGGUGAAGUCCGAUAAGCCGGAGGUUCACGACGACUUUCCUGACCUCGUCGACAUCGCCGAGAACGGUUACACGGUGAACGUCGAUGAUGGCGUCGUCAGGAUCAGCGGGGAGGACUACAGCCACAAUCCUACCAUCGGAAGUCUCAAUCACAUUCAACCAAAGAAAAACAGCACCAUUCUAGAAAAAUUUCAGCUCGCGAUUUCGAGGCUAGAGUUGUACCCAAAGAACUCGAUUCUGGUUGACCAGCUUCUCGAACACAUGGCGACGAUGCCGAUUCGGCAUGUUGUUCAAAAGGAGGGUGGAACGCAGCUGAAACUGGUGAUCGAGUAUCCGGACGAUACGCAAGCGCUCUUCAAACCUAUGAGGUUUCCAAGAGAGCAGCAAACGCUACCGAAUCAUUUUUACUUCACCGACUUCGAACGACACAAUGCGGAAAUCGCAGCCUUCCAUUUGGACAGGCUCCUUAAUUUCCGGCGAGCAAUGCCAGUGGUCGGCAGGAUGCUGAACGUCACGACUGAGAUCUACGAAGUGGCCGACGGGGACCUUUUAAAAACAUUUUUCGUCAGCCCGGUCGGGAAUCUCUGUUUCCAUGGAAGGUGCAGCUACUACUGUGACACCGGUCACGCGGUUUGCGGAAACCCCGACACCCUCGAGGGGAGCUUCGCCGGUUUUUUACCUGCCAACACCGUCGGCUCAAGAAAAGUUUGGCGACACCCUUGGCGGCGAAGUUACCACAAGCGAAGGAAGGCGCAGUGGGAACAAGAUUCCGAUUACUGCUCCUUGGUUCGUGAGAUUCCGCCCUACGACGAGGGCCGUCGACUCCUCGACCUGGUCGACAUGUGCGUCUUUGACUUCCUCACCGGAAAUAUGGAUCGGCAUCACUACGAGACCUUCAAGAUAUUCGGCAACAACACCUUCACUCUUCACCUUGAUCACGGACGGGGUUUCGGUCGGCCAUAUCACGACGAGACUUCCAUUCUCGCCCCGCUUUUGCAAUGCUGCGUGAUAAGACAGAGCACCCUUUCAACCCUGCUCGAGUACCACAAUGGGCCCAUUCGUUUGAGCGCAGCCAUGCGCAAGAGCAUGUCAGUCGAUCCUGUCGCUCCGAUUUUGUGGGAGCCUCAUUUUGCAGCGUUGGACAGACGCGUCGGCAUUAUCCUCCAGGGUGUCAGAGACUGUGUUGACAAAAGUACGAUGUCCGAGCCGGUUGUGCGACGGGAUAGACACUAAAGGACUCCGAAUAUCGCUAAUAUCGCCAAUAUCCUGCUUAAGCCGUAGAUAUAAUUGAUAAUAAUGUUAUCAAUG